AUGAAACGUAAGCUUCACAAACUAUAUUCAGCCAAUGGUGGCUUUGCUCUCAGUUCUACCAAAGUAUUAUAUGGGAAUCUAACAACUGGAGGUGCAGGUCAUCAACAGCGAAACAGCCCAAGAUAUAAAUUUAACUUCAUUGCAGAUGUGGUGGAGAAAAUUGCACCAGCAGUUGUGCAUAUUGAACUUUUCCUAAGGCAUCCUCUGUUUGGCCGCAGUGUUCCUCUUUCCAGCGGAUCUGGGUUUAUUAUGUCAGAUUCUGGUUUAAUUGUAACAAAUGCCCAUGUUGUGUCUAGCAGCAGUACAAUGACAGGGCGUCAACAGUUAAAAGUGCAGCUACAGGAUGGCGAUACGUAUGAAGCAACAAUCAAAGACAUUGAUAAGAAGUCUGACAUAGCAACAAUAAAGAUAAAUCCACAGAAAAAAUUGCCUGCCCUGUCAAUAGGCCAGUCAGGUGACCUGAGGCCUGGGGAAUUUGUCGUGGCCAUCGGAAGCCCUUUUGCCUUACAGAACACAGUGACAACAGGUAUUGUCAGUACAACCCAACGUGAUGGCAAAGAGCUUGGCUUGAAGGAUUCUGACAUGGAUUAUAUUCAGACCGAUGCUAUUAUCAAUUAUGGAAACUCAGGAGGACCACUGGUAAACUUGGAUGGUGAAGUGAUUGGCAUCAACACUUUAAAGGUUACUGCAGGAAUUUCCUUUGCUAUUCCUUCUGAUCGUAUUGCUCGAUUCCUCUCAGAGAAUUAUGACAAGCAAAGUAAAGAUGGGAAAAAAUUUAUUGGUAUAAGAAUGAUGACAAUCACACCUGUAUUAGUAGAAGAACUUAAGCUUAAUAAUCCAGAUUUCCCAGACGUCAGUAGUGGAAUUUAUGUACAUGAAGUUAUUCCAAAUUCACCAUCACAGAGAGGUGGUAUUCAGGAUGGAGAUAUCAUUGUUAAAGUGAAUGGACGACCACUGAAAACUUCUGCUGACCUGCAAGAGGCAGUGAUAAAUGAGUCACCUCUGCUACUUGAAGUUAGAAGGGGGAAUGAUGAUUUGUUGUUUAAUAUUGAACCAGAAGUUCUUAUGUAAACCAAACUGAGGAAGAUUGUUGUGAAACAAUUAAACUCAUUUAUUCUGGAACAUCAGAUACCUCCUUUAUAGUGACAGUAAUUGUGCCUUUUCAUGGCUGAUGGUUUUGCCAGUGCUGUGCCUGAUAGAUAACAACGGAUGAGGCUUCAGCAGCACUACUACUUCACAUUUCAUAUUUCAAGUUACUGCAGAUUGAUGAUAGGAGUUCUGCACAUUGGACUUCACAUAGGUUAUGAUUUUUGGAAGGAACUCAAACUGGUCAUGAUUCUUCUGAUUUGAGGAAAAUAUUUAUGCUUAAUUAGAAUUAUGCACUAUGCAGUUAAAUAUUGCUUCUGUCUGCAAAAUUUGCUUUUGGAUUAUUACCCCCACCCCACCUGAGCCUUUGUGGACUUUACACAGCCCUACACUGGCUUUUGUAUGGUUUGUGAGUAGCAGCCUAAGCCAGUCUGACCCAAAAUGGAACUCUUGGCAAUCUGGCUCAAAUGUGAAACAUUGUAUUUGCUCUGCAAAGUCUUCAGUUACAUGAAUAGAACUGGGGACAUAGUAAUUCUCAGAAGAAGAACAGGGUCACCCACUCAGAAGGAAGGAAACAUUGGAGGUAACAUGACCACAAGAGCGAUUUGUAUGUCAAUACUGAAGUUGCAACACAGGUGAAUGUGGAAGCAAAGAAAACACUUCCUUCAAGCAAAAGUAGUUUGUUCAGGAGAAAAACAAACAUCAAGCCUGAUGUUUGAUGUUUUUUGUGAAGGAACUUCUCUUCACUUGAGAGGUUCUGCCACCUAAAAUGAGAAAAGAAAAAUGGUACUGACAUUAUGAGGUCCCAUGUGACAUCCCAGAGCUGGCUGCUGUACCCAACAGCUUCUGUGAGAAGCAUUGCUGCAUGCUGAAAGAGUUAUGUUGAAUAUUUCAAACAUAAUUAAGAGUGAAAUCUCUGCCUCUUCUUUCAUCUGGAUUAAAAGCAGUUGGCUCUUAAGUGUGCAGGGCAGAGUUAACAGGGUGUGCUGUAGAGCUGCAUCUUUUGAAAACCUUGGCGUGGAGAAAGGUAUGUAAGCAGUUUAGGGAUUUACUGCAUUUAAAUCUCUCUCUCGGUGCAUGUGUGUGCACAGGAUGCAAGCCUUCCAUGCAAAUUGAGUGACCUUAGCAAGGGAAACAUGAUUAGAGUGUGCAAAUAAUGAAGAAGUGUGUGUUUGAAAUUAGAAUGGGGUGCUAGUACCCAUUUGUCAUCAAUGAUGAAACACAGCUAGGAGCACGCCAACUUUUGUUCCUCCCCAAUUGUUACCACUGUAGACAUACAAAUUUGCAUUUGAGCUCCAUCCCACAGCCAACAUUUGACUCAAAGUAGAGAAUAUGCUCAGCUCCCAUUAAAUAGAGAUUCUUUAAAUAUUGAAAACCUGGGUUUCUUUUAAUCUGAGCAUUUCUCACCCUUCUAUCAUGCAAAUUAGCUUGCUUUGUUUCAAGUCUGAUCACUAGGAGGUAAACACAUAAUUUACAUAACUGAUUGAAAGUUGGGUAGCAAAUCUGGUCCUGAAAAAAUAUUAUUUUUCUUGAGCUUAAACAUUCUGCCACCCUCUAAAAGCACCUAAUGUUACUUUGCUCUUGCUUAUUCUUAUUCCCCAACAUUAAAGGUUAGACUGAAGAGAACCAUAGUGGGGUAUGGAGAGACAAAGGGAGCAGCCAUUAAAGGUGUAUGAACAUUAGAACACCUGUGUAGGAAAGAAUAGCUAAUAAGUGGACAAGAAACUAUGUAAGACAUUGAAACCUCACUCUCUUUGUCACCAAGUGUCAUUUGACCAAGAUUUCAGAAUGUGAAACCUACAUAUUUCCAAGCUGUUCUCUGCAACAAGAAGUGCUAAAGUAUUAAAAGUAUAAAAUUAUUCUAUUGCAGGCUAAGCUAUUCCUCCAUUAUGCUGUAUGGUUAAUCUGGUUUUGGUCACAGGCUAGUUUAUGCCAAGGUCAUGCAGAAGUGGAAUGUAGUAAAUGAUUCUUAUAGAAUUAUUGGCUGGUAUAAACUCUAAACUGUGUACAAAACAAGGCUAUAAUGUUGAGAAGGUGCACAGUUUUUCAGGAGUUUAAAAUUAUUUUUCAUUGUAUUGGAAAGCAUUAUUAUACAAAUUGUAUACUUAUGACAAGUACUGUAUGUUUCUACUGUACAAAAAUUAAAGUC